AGCCUUCCGAGAUGCUGAUCGUACGAUCAGUCGGUGAGUAUCGUUCCAUUACAUAUGCGUAUAUACUUGUACCUGCCCAAUUCUUAUAUCUACAACUGUUUGACUUGCUAGUGAGGACGCACGGGAAGUUUUGUACUGGCUCAAUGAUGGCGAACCUACCGUAAUGAACAUGCUCACCGAAACCAUGCGUACCGCAACCUUGGCAUCAGGCGAUCAAGCUGUCGAGCCUUCCAUUUACAUCGACAGCGAUGACCUCAGGACCAUCCGCUACCGGACAACAAGCGUUGAUUUGACCAAUAUCCAGGUUGGUGUCGGCCGCCUCCUCGUCGACUGUCGCACGCAACUACAAGACCAUGUAUUGCGCGGCUAUACCUUGCAGGAGCCUUUCUGUGAUCGCUUCCAUGAAAUAAUGGCCGAUACCAGGACAGCCAAUCCCUCCAUCGCAUUCUUCACCAGACCCGGCAACCCAACAGCGAACGACGACUACCUCAAGGUCUUGUUCAGGCACCUGGCAGUGCAACACAGUGACGAAUUUAUUGCAAGCGUGACCGAAAGCGGCGAGCUCUUGUGGAAUCUCGCCGCUCUGUACGAGUGGCUGUCCCAAUGUCGCAAAUUGAUCCUCAUGAUCAUGGUUCUGGCUCACAUUACAAGUGGACAACCGGCGCGAGGUGAGGAGCUCGCAUGCACGACAAUUCGUUCGUCCGCGCGUGGGGCCAAACGUGGCAUGUACUGGUACCGACAAAAGGUCAUGCUGGUUCAGUACUACUACAAGCGUCGUUCGAGAGGCACUGCCGAUCGUUAUGUCGCACGCUUCCUCAACAAGGAGCUAAGCGAGAUUGUCCUGAUGUACCUUGUACUGGUGCGCCCGUUCGAACGGUAUGUGUAUAUUUCAAAGGUUUUUUUUUGGCUGUUGUUUGAGUGCUUAAUUCAUAGUACACCCAAAGCCAUAUGGGUGCCGGUCUCGGGCUUCAAGCCUAUCGCCAUGUCGCCACCUUCUUCAUGCGCCACCACCUCCAACAAGGAACUCAUCUGUUGGAAACAACAGAAGAGUUGCUUGCCCAUCCUGACAUUGACACGGUCGAAGGUGACAACAACGACGACGAUAUAACAACAUACGAGCAGCAGCAACAAGAUGGGCGCCGACGAAUUGUAAAUCGAUUCGAUCCUGGGUUUUUCGACAUGCAGGCGGCACAUUCUUCUUCCGUUGCGGGCAUGCACUAUGCUCGAACGUCAAGCGAUUUAUGGUUUCUAACGACUGAAUCGAUCCACACGUUUGACCUCUGCUCGCGAGAAUGGCAGAAGUUACUGCACAAUCUUCAAAAAUUAAUAAUGAAAGUCCUUCCUUUUUUGGAAUCGAUUUUUAGC